GUCCUCGAUUUCGCUCGCCACUGCGAAUUCUUCGCUGCCUUCCUCAGCAGCUGGAAUAAGAGUCAUCGAUUAAGCUUCUCGCCGAAUGUGAUGGAUUUUUGUCUGUUACAUCCCAUUCGCGAUGCGCUGGCUAUGCCCGUCAACAGGUUUUUCAGAUGGCCCGGGAUCCAAGUCCACUUCGAUGAAUCGCUACAUCAUCAUCUUCACUGUUCUCACGAUAUUCUACCUUCCGCUUGGCUUUGUCACGGCGGUCUUCAGCAUGGGUCUUCUCCAUGAAGAAGAGCUGACGGGCAUAAAAAGCCAAUAUGCCACAACAAUGGUCGUCGUUUCGGUCGUGACCUAUGCUGUAGCUAUCGGCCUAGUCAUGUUUGUGGAUCGUCGGAGGAUCAAACCUCUCCUCACUGGGCUCCUCGCCCAUUUUCACUUGCUCGGACGCCAGCUGCGGCAUCCCUUUGAGAAAGAGGACUCCACAGGCGGACCUACCGCGGAGACCGACUACGGAAAGGAAGGUAGGGAGGCAACAUUCAGGCGUUGGGCGGCGCUCUGGGCUUCAUCAGGACUGCACCGUCGACAGCGGCGGAAGAGGGACAAGGGCAAGGCACUCGAGAUCCCUGAGCUGGGAUAUUCCUGGACACCGUCGACGGAAAUUCGUUUAUUACCCCCAGCUCCCGCGCUGAGAAAGGCCGGGCGGUCUCGGAAGUCCAUUUGCCGACAAGGUCGAACACCGUCAGCAGCCACACCCAAUCUUCCAGAGCGGAUCUAGCGCCGACCGCUUCGAACGGUCGAGGGAAGCUGGGCAGAGCCGUUCCGAAGCUGGCCCUAGCACCAACAGGUCGGACACCUGAAUCGUCAGCACUAGGUAUCAGGUAAUCAGGGAGGUAUUUCCAAAUUACGGCGCAAGUGAGGUGGGUCCAGGUCGG